UCAAUUUUAAUAGACACGUAGGGUGUACUGGAAUGAGCCUAUCCUCUGCGUGCGAGAAAAGAGCACAAUCUUAAGCUAACAACUCGUUCUCGUAUUCCGAAGCAACGGCGUCGGCGGACGCUGCUACAGAUUAACAAAAAAAACCUGACCUGACCUGACUGAUAGAUUAGUUGAUCAUGUAACAUGGCAUCGGCAGGCCCAGCAGCUCACCGGACCAGGGUACAGGUCAUAAGUCCAGAGAGGACCCCGGGUCUCCAGCGGCCCGCCAGUGUGCCCAGGUCCUUUACAGGGAGAAGGUUACACACCCCGUACCUCAAGACGCCACAGUCUAGGAUAUUGCAUGGACGAAGAAGCAGGCUGACCAGAACGCCGUCUAGUGCCCACCCCACCAAUCAGCGAUUCAGCAAGUUGACCAAUAAGACGUGGCAUACCUACUACGUUUCUCCACUCUAUGCAUUCAGCAAUGAAGCUGCUUCCUUGAAGAGAUGCUCCAGGCAGCUCUCCUCCCACCUCCAAGCUGAAUCUCAGAAAGGUGUCGGAGUGAUGGUGGAAGAUCAAGUGACAUCCAAAUACGCUGUGUUUUCUCUGCGUCCAGAAUUGUUUCCUGACUCCGACGUGCCAGCAGUAGAAUUGAGCAUCUAUGCAUCUAAGAGUCAAGCCAUCUCAGCCAGCAGCCCUCCAGCAUGGACGUCCAUCUUCUGCCCCCCAUCAUCACCAGUGAUGGGUGAUGACAAGCAUUUCUCCAGGCUACCUCUCAUGCUCAUCAAAGGAGCAAUCGGUACUACGAAUUGUGUGCUCCAAUGGCUCCAGGUUCAGUUUGACUGCUGUGUGAGGAAGCUAACAUUUAACCCAAUGGCACUCUCAUGGAUGGUUUCUAUGUGGGCUGAGAGCCUUCCAGAUAAAAAGAAGAAUAGUGAUGGAGAUAAGAAGUGUGGUGUUGAGCUGGUGUACCAUCUUCCAAAGGAGAUAUCAGGACUGAACAAGGUUACCAUGACGAUAGACUCUAGGGAUGCCAGAGCAUUGUGGGAAAGUGUCCAUGAGGAGGAUUCAGAUGAAGUAGAGGAGGAUGAGGUGGUAUCCUUUAUGAAAGCACUUGGUCAGCAUUUCCAUGCGUGUUUCCACAUUCACUUGGACGCCUUAUAUCUGAAGACUAUAGGAACAGCAGCAGCGUUCGUUGGGGCAGAGGGAAGAUUAAAGAUGCUGUCACUUGGUGAGGCCAGUGGUGUAUUGCAGCAUCUCGUAGAGCUUGCAGAGGAGAAGAUGGCUUCACUUGAUGUAUGAUAAUCAUCAUGGAAACCUGCCAAGUCUGCUGUUGUACCUUCAAGCUAGUCCUGGACUAAUGUUAUAAAAAAUUGGGUUUUGUACCCAAUGUGGGAAAGCAAAUGAAUAUCUUCUUGAAGAACUUGUAACCUUGAAGGACCUGUAAUAUGACAGUCUUUGAAACCUAAGAGCCAAUUACUCCCUGUUAUUUAGUCUAGAAGGACUGUUCCUUCAGGUUCCGUAGUAGCCCAGGAUGUAAACUUGAUGUAGUCUAAGAAGUCCAGGAUCUUAACUUGACGUAGUCUACGAAGCUCAAAAUAUGUUUGCACCUGAUAACAGUCAAUCCUCGGGCCUGCCUGUUCUGUAUCCAAAGAAAGCCAAAAUCUGAUCUGUCGAUCGUCAUGCCAGAGCAGAAUGAAGCUUAGGAGUAGGAGUUCUCUUUCUGCCCAUUUCCAAAGAAGCACAAGGUCCUGAUAUGAAGUCCAAGUCCCAGAAGCUUUGAAUCUCUUUCUCCUUAUUUAUUGAAGUGGUCUCUGUUUCCAAGGAAGAACAGGACCUGGGGGCCAUUUCUCGAAACAGUCAAUUCCUUGGACAUCCCAUUGAAACACGUUGUAUAGAAUCAGCACAGGUUUCUAUGGGAUGUCCACAAGCUUAGACUCUGAAUGCCCCAUUAAAUUCACUGUCCUGUUUUCACUUGAUAUGUUUUGGUUAGAACCUUGACUUGCAAUCAUUUGUCCCGAAGAGGUUUUAUGCCAAAGAUAUGCAGUACAUGAUCGAUUUAUUAAUCCGUACUACAAUUUAUGAUUACCGAUCAGGUCUUAAAAAAGAAACACCAAGAAUUGGUCAAUGCCAUAUUUGUCUUCUGACAUUGAAAUUCGUUUCAAGAGUACCGGUAGACUCCUUUUAUUCAAUGCAGUUUAGAAUACAGCCUUAGCCUUAAUUGUUACAUUAUAUGUAACAUUACUAUUCAAUUUGCAUUCCUGUACAAUAUGUAUAAAAUCUGUAUGAUAAAUAAGAUAUAUCCUUAUGUAUAGAAGUUUUCAUGGUAAAUAAUGUACAUUUAUUUUGGUAUAUUUUU